AAUUGAUUGAAGGAAAAGUUAAAGUUUCUUAUCCAAUAAUUGCCUAUUUACUCCAUUACUUCCUUAUAUAUAUUUCCUUAAUUUCUCUCUAGCUCUCCACACCAUCUCUCCUCAUCAAUGUCAUCUAAUUUUCUUCACAUGCCUAUGACAAUCACCAUGUCCUCUCAAAAUUUUCAACAUCAUGAUCACUCAUCUUAUUUUGCCUCUAUAACAAAAGAUAUAGAGGCCCAUCUCAAGCAAUCCAUCAUUGUCAAGCCUCCUUUCACAGUCUAUGAGCCCAUGUACAAUUUGGCCUUUACAACGCCGCCAACUUCAGCACCUUUGCUAUGUGUGGCGGCGUGUGAACUUGUUGGGGGCCACAGGAGGCAAGCCGUGGCAGCAGCCUCGAGCUUGCACCUCAUGCAUGUAGCUAGCUUUACUCACGAACACCUUCCUUUAACCGAUAGAUCCAAUCCAAAUCCAAUGAUUCACCACGCUUACAAUCCAAAUAUUGAGCUUCUUAUCCCAGAUGCAAUAGUCCCUUUCGGGUGUGAGUUGUUAACCCGUUUAGAUAACCCGAUCGAAGAUGAUCAUGCAGAUCGGGUUUUGAAGGUUAUUGUGGAGAUCACGCGAGCCUUUGGAUCACAAGGGAUUAUUGAUGGUCAAUUCCAUGAGAAGGUAGUCAAUAGAUCCAAUGGUGAGGAAGAAAACAAUAAUGCUGAUUGGAUCGAUUACACAUGUCGAAAAAAGGAAGGGAAGUUGUAUGCGUGCGCGGCUACAUGUGGUGCCAUUCUUGGAGGGGCAAAUGAAGAAGAAGAAGAAAAAUUGAGCAAGUUUGGUCUCUAUGUGGGCAUGAUUCAAGGAUAUUCUAAAAUUGGUAGAGGGAAAGAAGAGGAGAGACUAAAAAGAGUUGAGGAGCUCACCAAAUUAGCUAUAAAAGAAUUAGAACAUUUCAAGGGAAGAAGGGUUGAAGAAAUUUCAAGCAUUAUUCUAGGCCCAUAGAUUUUUUUUAUUAUUAUUUAUCAAAUGGCCAAUCUUAGUGUAUAAUUUUUGUUGAAGAAAAUUUGAAGAAGAUACAAUAAAGUGGGACAUGGCUUGUCGUGUGA